GUUUUCAUGAGUUUUAGCCAUUGUAGCUUUAGCUCUCUGAUACUAGUCUGACUCGGACAAUCAACAGGGAUGGGAGAGGCGCCUGUGUUGAUCCUCCAGCUCCUGAUGAGUGGCAGGCAGUGACGCUGCAAAAAAGCAAUGUUGUGCACGCCUAGACAAUGAAGAAGAUAUUCAGCUUCACCAAGAAGAAGAAACACCCGUCCGGGACUCCUGACAAUGGGAGUGUGCUCUCUGUUGGCUAUGAAAUCAAAGAAAAGGACCUCGGGAAGGUGCACAAGGCUGCCUCGGUGGGGGAUUUGGCAAAGUUGAAGCAGCUUGCCAAAAAGAAUGACAUCAAUCAACUUGACAAGGAGAACAGAACUGCACUUCAUAUUGCCUGCGCCAGUGGACAUGUUGAGGUGGUGCAAUUCCUCGUCGAGAGCAAAGCUAAGCUUAACCUAUGUGACAAUCAAAAUAGAUCGGCUCUAAUGAAGGCAGUGCAGGGCCAACAUGAGCGCUGCCUGAGCAUACUGCUGGAGAAUCAUGCCGAGCCUAACCUUGUGGACAUCAAUGGCAAUACAGCCCUACAUUUGGCAGCAAACAUCCCAUCCAUUUCCACUACUGUCCUGCUGCUGGAGCACGAGGCUGACAUCAAUGCACAAAAUAAGGAGGGAUUUACGCCCUUGAUUGUGUCAGUGCGUGAGGACCAUAUCGACAUGGCUGAGUUUCUCCUUAAGGAGGGUGCUGGUGUGAAUUUUUUGGACCAAGCCCAAAGGUCCCCAUUAAUGAUUGCUGCUGGAAACGGACAAAUUGGUAUGUUGCGGCUGCUCCUGCGGUUUGACGCAGAUAUCACACUAAAGGAUACCAAAGGAUGGUCAGCUGAUGACUACGCAGUGAUGAAUGGGCAUCAUCCUUGUUCGCUCCUGAUCAUUGAGCACAGCACCCAGAGAAUUGAUGGGCCUUCCCUGUCCAAUCAAGGUCCGGGCAAAAAGAAGAAAACACUGUUGGGCAGUCCUUCCCAAGACGUGGAAGCAGGCUUCUCUUUGGGAGGACCAGCCACUGACAAAGAUGAUUUUGAAGACAAUUCCCAGUCGGAGUCACUAAGUCGGGUUUCAAAAAGUGCUGCAGAUGAAUGGCCUUCAUCAGAAGAUGAUGAUGAAUCAGUUCUAAUCGAAAAGAAACCACAGAAGGUGAACCUAAGGAAAAUGAUUGCAACUAAAAGGGGAGAAGCUUCCGCACUGCCUGACCGAUCCUUGAGCGGUACAGAAUCUGAGCCAGAGAAUGAGAAUAGAGUCCAGAGAAUCCCGUCCCUCCUGAAGGCUUUACCACCCAGCAAAGCUCUGCAGCACUCAGUAGAUCCCUCUCCCAUUUCCUUCCUUUCCAAAACACCCCAGAUGACCUCUACCCCUCUUCCAAGCUACAGAAAGAAAGAAGAUUUCACUGGGGAUGAGGAUGAUAAUGACCAAGAGGAGGAUAGAGAUGAUGAUGAAGAAGAAGACGACGUCACAGAUGAAAAUGAUGAACCUGAAGAGAGCGGAGAGUCCCUUGACGCCACUUCACCUGUUCAUGAGGCGGACGUAUCUAAAGAUAAGAAAAGAGAUUUCCUGUCUGAGCUGGGUCUAGAGAAGGGAGAGGAGGAGCAGGAUUCUUGGGACUCUGAGUCCCAGUCCGAAAACCCCGAUGUGCCACAUGCAGAGAAACAAAGCUUGCACACUCAGGACCGAGAACAGAUGUCCACUGUUGAGGAAGAGAUUAAAGAAGUUGAGAUCAGUAUGGAUGAAAAUGGCGGUGAACAUGUUGAGACAGAUGAUACGAUACAGAAAAAGACUGAGAAGGCAAAAUGGGAACCUCUCCGUGUUCUGAGCAAACUUGAAGGAGAAAGCGAAAGAAAGACAGACUUGAUGGAAGAGCUUGGUCUAGGUGAUGUUGAUGAUCUUGAAGAUGCAUCAGACUGGGACUCGGCCAGUACUGCCAGUAGGAGAACCCUGCCUGGCCGCAGAAUGCCCUCCCCUGGAAUUGAGGAGUUCCCAGAAUGCUCCUAUCCAUCUGUUAAAGAGCAGGAUGAAGACAUUGCUCCAGCAGCACCCCUGACACCUCAGAGGAGCAUCAUCUCUGACAAGACACUGCCCAGCACACCCCGUCAACCAGUGCCCCAGCCCCAACCCCAACCCCAACCCCAGCCUCGAGCAAGGAAGAUGGUGCCUCAGAAACCAGAGAGUGAAGAAGAAUCAGAUUGGGAGCCAGACAAUGUUGUGUCCUCUUGCAGCCAAACAGCCAAAAUUGACAAUCAGUUGCAAAAUAUAGCUGAGCGUGAGACAGUGGUCACACCAGGGUCCCCUGAGCUCCCACCGAUGGCAAAAGGCAGUAAAAGUAAUAGAGUAGAGGCUGACAAGCAGCAACAAAAGGAGAUAGAUGAUGCAAUAGAUACAUGUGAGUUGGAUCUGGAUGACCCUUAUCCAUCUGGCCAUGUGAGCUCUGACGGCAGAGAAAGUAAUACAGACUUUAAAGAUCAACGCGGCCCUGAAGAAAGAAAUGCAGCAGCUGAUAACAUUCCAUGGGAGAAUCGUUACGAGAAGCUCUGGGUGGAGGUGGAGAAAAGGGAGGUCAAAUCCACCUUCAAGAAUGUUGCCGGGGAAUUGAAAGAGAAGUUUGGAGAACUGCUUAAAUCAAGACAAUCUGCUGAAGACAUCACAGAAGAAGAACAGGCCAUGGCUGAAUCUACUUCUGCAGAAGAAGAGUCCAGCGAUGAAGAGGAAGAAGAAGAAGAAGGGGAAGUGAUUUUACGCCCCAUGGCCAGAGCGAGGAGCACCAUCCUUCUCACCAUACCUGAGCAGAGGGAGUCUGGACUGGAAGACUCUGUGACCGAGUCAACUGACAACUCCUUAUGUGAGGACCGGAUGCAGGUCUACGAGCCACAUGCUAGUGAGAAGAACAUGUGUCUAAAGCCAGAUCUACUCACUGAUGAUGUUCUCGAGGAGUCCAGGUCUCCUUCACCUCAACCCGCCACAGCACGGGGUGACAUCUGCAUAGAUCAUAGAUCUGCUGAUCAUAGCAUACCCAUGUCUGAUAUUAAUCGGAGCACAUUCCUAAAAGAGGAGGCCAAACUUGGGCCAUUCCAGAAGCCACAUCUGGACCUUAUCUGGAGGGACAGCGCUGCUAAUCUAGAUGAAGCUGAGAGGAACAAUGCCAGUUCAGAAGAGGAUCCUGAGGAAGUUACCAAGUCUCACCCCCACUCACUACACAGAUGUUCAGCAUCUAUCCCAGGUGUUUCUGACGAAGAGCUGGAAGAGGACAUGGAAAGAUUUAAACUUGAGGUUGGCAAGGAGACGACAAAGACUGAAUCGGAGGUGCGAAAAUCCAUAACUUCCUGUGAUACUGGUGGAAUGGCUUUGGAAAAAGCGGGUACUGAGAAACCUGAGACCAGGACAGGAUCCCUGUCAAGUCAGGCUGGAGCAGCUCAACAGGAACAGCAGUCUGCGGCCACUAAGAGCAUCAACGGGGCCCCAGUGCAUUUGCAUCUCCCACCCCAGCAGACCUACAAUAGCAGCAAUCAGGAGGGACAAGCUGUAGAGGAGACCUUACAGCUGGAUCUGGUCAGAGGGGCCCGUCUCAGCAGAGCCCCUCAGACCAACACUCAUGUCAAUGGAGAUCCUCUGUCGGUGUUUGAUGAUAGCACUUUAAGUGAAUUGUCCGACGAUGAAGGAAGGUUUCCAACUACUGGAAAACAGAAAAACGAGAACCCUGAUGAAGUGGGGAUGGCAGAAGACCUUGAUGAACUCACUCAGUCAUCCGACACAGCCACAGAUGACAUCGACUCUCCCACUUCAGGCUACCGCCACGCAUCCCUCCUCAUUCAGAAGCUGGACUCAGCCACUUUGGACUCCAGAAGCAUGGUGAAGCUGCAGAACAUUUUCCACGAAUAUGAGCGCACCAUCCAAAAGGCGAGGAGUCGCCAUGGGUACCUGGCAGACAAGGUGAGCCAGCUGGAAAUAGAGCGGGCGGAGUUGAAGAGCUCUCUGGAGGAAGUUAAAGAUGCUAAAUCUGCCUUGGAGCGCAACCAGCUGGAGCUGCAGACCGAAGUCACAAACCUCAAAUUUCAGCUGAAACAGGAGCAGGAAAAUCGCCGAAACGCCAACAUGAUGUACAACACCACCAGAGAUAAGCUGAGGAGGAUGGAGGAGCAGCAUCAGUUAGAGGUACAGGAGAGACAGAAGGUGGAGCUCUCCCUCAGGAAUCUGGAGCUGGAGAUGAGAACACUGGUCAACAACAUGAAACAGCUUGAAGAGGACCACAGUGAGACCCAGAGACUGCUGGCUCAGGAGCGCAGUGCUCGGACGCUGCAGGAGAAUCUGCUCAGCAGCCAUCUUCGAAAGCAGCAAGAGAUAGAGGUUGAGAACAAGAGAAACAUAAGCAAAAGCAAUGAGGCCUUGUCUCAGCUCACUGAAGCCAGCGACAGGGAGAGGGAGUUGCUGCAGCAGAGUGCUACCUUCCAGGAGCAGCUGACCAUCCUGAGAACCGACCUCGAGCGCUCGCAUGCCAACAGCAGUCUCAAAGAGAGCCACCUCUUGGAUGAGAACGAGGCUCUCAAGGAGCAGCUAGAAGAUGCUCGGCGAGAUCUCAAACUCAACAGUGAAGCCCUGACCCAAACUGUCUUCAACUGCAACAACCAGGUGGCCACCCUGAAGUCCGAGUUAGCCAUGGCAACAACCCGUCUGGAAAAUGAGCGGCAGACCCGCGAAUCGCUGGAUGCAGAAGUUGAGUCCACUCGUAUCCGCCUGGCCGGAGCCGUAAAGGAGGCGGAGCUCUGCAUAGCGGCUCACACAGACACAGAGAGAGCUCUGCUCCGGGAGAAAGAGGAACACCAGCGUCUGAAAGACAGACUCACAGGUGAAGCAGCCAAUCAACGUGAGGCAGUAAACAGCCUGUCCCAGAAGCUGGCCAAGGCAGAGACUCGGGCAAACAGCAUGGAGAAUGAAGUUCACCGUGCCACACUUCAGCUGACAGAGAAAAGCUUAGUCCUGGAGGUCCUACAGCGGGACAAGGACCAGGCGGCUGUACGUAUCAAGGAGCUGGAAUCGUCCCUGCAGACAGAGAGGGAGCAGAUCAGCCGUGUCGGAGCACGCCAAGAGGCCACACAGGAGCGGCUGGUCCAAACCCAGAGCGAGGGCAUGCUACUGCGGCAACAGCUAGAGGAGGCCCAAAACAAAGGCGUCGCAAAAGAGCGUGCUGUGACAGACGCCCAAGAGCGCUUCAGCGACAUUCUGUCCAAGCUGCGCUCUGACAGCGAGGAGCGAGUACAACUAGUGGAGGAGAGAAAUAAGGAGCUCGCCAGUAAGGCUGCUGAUCUCCGAGAUCAAAUCUACAAGUUGGAGGACGAGAAGAACGAAAGAGAGACUAGUCUAAGGCAGCUGCAGCAAGAGCUAGCUGAUUCACUGAAGAAGCUGUCAAUGAGCGAGGCUACUCUGGAGGUCAACACACGCUACCGCAAUGACCUGGAGGAGGAGAAGGCCCGGCUCUUCAAAGACCUGGACCGGGUCAAAGGAAAGCUGGAGGAAAGCGAAGACCAGUACGUGCAAGCUGAGAGACGUAUUAACGGUCUAAAGAGCAUUCUGGAUGAAAAGGAAAAGGAACUCACCACUGUUGCUCAGAAACACCAGGAGGCGCUGUUAGCCUCAGCAGCUUCUGAUACCACCAUCAAACAGCUGGAGGAAGCUAUGCAACAGCUCGAGAUAGAGAACGCCAGGCUGGAAGCUGCUGCAAAGCAACAGGCCAACAAAAUUGAUGCACUCCAGAAAGGGGCUCAGGAAUCUGCCAUGCUAUCUGACUGUGCACCCGGAGGAGGGGUCAGAGGUCAUUUGGAGGACUUGGUUUCAAACCUCCAAAGCAGUAAGAUGACUUUGGAAGACCAACUCACUCGUGAGGUCCAGAAGCAAAGCAUGCUGUCUCACACAGCCCACGACUCUCAGGCCUUGUGGGAGGAGGAGCUGAAGAGCCGCUCUAAGUUAGGACUGCGCCUGGCAGAGCUCGAAAAGGAAAAGGGAGACCUGAGCACCCAGAUGGAAAUGGAGAAGAAGAAAGCGAGGAAAAUAGCGGAGCAGAAGAAGGCUGUGGACACCCGGCUGGAUCAGGAGAUGAAUAGAAACACAGAUCUCCAAAAAGAAAUGUACAGGUUGCGUACUUUAUUGAAGACUGCUAAGAAGAAGUUGCGGGAUCAGGAUACAGGAGGAGCUGAAUUUGUCUCUCCUAUGAGCAGUCUACGGAUGGACCAAGGCAGACACGGCCAGGCCGAGGGGGCCUUUGGACGAAUGAGAGAAAAGGUGGACGAUCUGCAGGUGCAGCUGGAGAAGGAAGAGUCCCGUCGCAGCCAGCUAGAGAAGGUGAACGGAGACCUUAAGGAUGAGCUGGCCUCCCUGAAGAGCUUGAGCCGCAGUAAUGACCAACUGGAGAGGAGUAAGAGGCAGCUGGAGGAGGAAGUACUGGACCUGAGACGCCGAAUGGAGACUUCUCAGAUGGAGCAGAGCCAGGUGGAGCAGUACCGCCGGGACGCAGAAGAGCGGGCCCGUCAGGAGAUACAACAGAAACUGGAGCAGGUCAACAUCUUCCUGCAGUCCCAGGCAGCAUCCCAAGAAGCACUGGAUCAGAUCAAAGCGACCAAUGAGGCCAACCUGCGCUCCCAGCUGGAGCAGAAGAUACGGGAGCUGGAGGGGGAACUGGGCCGGGCCCGCACCACCCAUCAUGACAGCCUCAACCAAAGAGACUCCACACGCACAGAGCUAGAGCGAUUCCGCCAACUCUACGCAGAGGAGCUGCGGCUCCGCAAGUCAACGACUGCCAAACUAGAGAGAGCCAACAGUCGGCUCUCAGAAGCCAAUUCCAAGUUGCUGAAUGAGCGCAGCAGGUCUCUGAUCACCAGCAGCAUCGCAAACGGUAGUCUUGCAGGGCCCUCGCUGGACGUGGGCUCUCUGGGUUCACCAGCACACUACGGGGCCACACUGGGGCCCCUCAACAGGAGCCUAGGUCUGGGACUCUCCCUCCUCAGCCCUGUAACUGAGGGGCAGAACAGCCGGGUGGAGGACUACCUAGCCAAGAUGCAGAGUGAGUUGGAUAGAAACAUAUCAAAAGAAUUAAACAACGCCACAGCAGAGCUGGACGUGACUUCAGCCCGUAUGUCGCCCGUGGGCUCCGCCUCGAGGGUGGAGCUGGACCCCGUCAGCAGGGCGACGCAGCAGUACCUGGAGGUACUAAAGAAGAACAAUAUGAUCUGAACACGCGUCACAGCGGCUCAAAGUCAACGCUAUAUUUCAGCCAUUAAAAAACUUUGAGUACUGACUGCACCAACAAUAAGGCCAAAGCCACCGCCCAAUCAUAAAACACCAUGAAUCCAACUUUGUACGUAUUUACUCUCCCUUCUUUUAUGAACGAAAGCAAACAUAAUGCACAUUGCACUUAACCACUCAGGAGCAAAGGGCAUGAGUCAUAUAUAUAUAUAUAAAUAUAUAUAUCCAUAUACAGUGUAUAUAUAUGUGUAUAUAUAUAUAUUGCAUCAUCGAUGGGUACAAUGAGCGAAAACCACAAAAGUAUUUGUUCCGUCUGAAUAUCUCUAUUCAAUCUGUAAGUUUUGUUUUUAUUAGUACUAUAUAAUAGUUUGGAUUUUUAUUUGUGAAUAUUGGUGUUGCUAAAUUUGAAUUUAUAAGUAUUUGAUGUAUGCAUCAUUAAUACUUUUGCCAAGAUAUUACCUUUGGUAAAUGCCAUCAAAUGGUGCAAUGUCUGUCUUGGUCUUACUUAGAGUUAUUGGAGUAUUGUGUUUAUGAUUAUUUUAUUUAUUCAUUAAUGUUUUUUUUAUGAACAUGAUAUACUUGAAAACGAGCUGGAAUACUCUGGCUAUUGAAACAGGGUGACUACAUUUGUAAAACUGUCAUUUUCAGCUUUUGGCUCACUUGCUUUUAAGGGCCGCCACAAGUGAAACACGUGUUUUUUGUUUGUUUUUCGUUUAUUCAUUUCAGAAAUACUGUAACAGAAGACAUAUAGGAAAACAUUUAUGACACCUGUACAUAACAGAAGACUCUA